CCCCCUCGUAUAUAUACUACGUACAGCACCGCGUCUUAACAAUUUUUGCGGUUCAUAAAUGUAGAAAUUGUCUCUGGACUCAGCGCAAUCACGUGCUGAUUGAAUCAUACGAAAGGACAGGUUUGACCGCGCCGGACAAUCAACCAGUCCAUAUGCGAGAUCCGCGAGGAGCUCUAACUUGACCGGGGAUGCCUGGGCUUAAUCUUGCGUUACUACCAGUACCUUCAAGCAGAAUCAGGCAAUCAGUAUCCAUGAUGUCUCGAGUAGAACUCGCAGUUGGUUGGAUGUUCGGGAUGUUUACUAUACUUGCCACCAUGUGGCAUACUCACAUCCGACUGCAACCGGCAGAACAUCAAUCUAUAGAAUACACUUACGCUGGUGACGAUUACCCAUGGGAAUUUCCUGUCGAUCUCACCCAUGACGCCGUCGCGAUGACUCUUCACGAGAGUGUGCAUUUUGCUCUAAAUGCAUCUGAUACAGAAUCUCAACUGGAGUGGGAGAGCCUCCCAAGUUGGCCGAAAAUAGUUGGUCGCACCCAUCUAGGACCAGAGCAGCGACUUUUCGUGCUGGUCUUCGGUCAUCAGCUUCACUGUUUAUGGAUACUGCAGGAAGCCCUCCUCGACUACAACCGUGACAAACCCUUGACCAAUCUUCAUCACGCACAUCACUGUCUCAAUUAUCUUCGGCAGACUCUUAUGUGUGAUGCUGCACAUACGUUGGAAAUGGGAGACUUUCUGAAUGUCGAUUAUGAGAAGGACAGAGUGGGGGACACAUUAGUGUGCAGGGACUGGAGCAAGGCCAUUUCUGUAUCUGAAGAGUACCAUGAGAAGUGGUUGCAGUGGAGGACGCAUUGGGACUGAAUUGAUACACUACUUCGUACGCUUCAACCUGUUCGCUGAAUGUAUCCGCAGAACUAUGUAUUAUUUUACUGAGUGGUUCAAUGGCUGUACUAGGUUUUAAAUGUGUAUCCGAGCCUGUUCAACCCAACAAAAUCGUUCAGUCUCUACUAGUAGUACUGCCUUAUAUUACGGAGUUGCAUAACCAGAGUUGUCACGAGUCCCAGACGAGGGGAAAGCCCUGCAAACCGGCUCCUGCAAAUUACUUAUGCGUCUUCGCAAUGUUGAUUUUUUGGGUAGAACAAUCCCUCUUUGGGCUAAUGCUUCGCUGUACCCG